GUGGAUUGUGGGCUAGUGGAGGUCUGCUCGCAGUCAUGGCUGCCAUGGUGAAUUGGUUAGUCUUUCUCUUCGGGUUGGUUUGCCUGUCCGCGGCUGUCUUUGAGGAUCAGGCGGGCAAAUUCGACUGGAGGCAGCAGUAUGUAGGGAAGGUCCAGUUUGCAUAUUUCGACUCGCAGACACAGGCUUCCAAAAAACUCCUGGUGGCCACAGAACAGAACGUCAUCGCUUCUCUCAAUUCCAGGAAUGGGGACAUCAUCUGGAGACAGGUGGACAAGACAGGACCUGAAGGGCACAUUGACACCUUUCUGGUCCAUGGGCAAGAUGCGAUCACGGUGUCUGGCAAUGGACGUCUGCUUCGAUCCUGGGAAACCACCAUUGGGGGCUUGAACUGGGAGACAGUGCUGGACACAGGCAGUUUCCAGUCUGCUGGUUUUGUCGGGGUGCAGGAUUCAGUGAAGUACGUAGCUAUCCUGAAGAAAACUGCCAUCUCCCUUCAUUACCUCUCCAACGGGCAUCAGAAAUGGGUGGAGAGUUUACUAGACAGCGAGACGGUUCAGUAUGAGGUGGUUUACUCGGGAGGGAGUGGGUUGGUCUCUGUGCUGGGAGUGGUCCCACACUCACACCUCACUAUUACAACCUACAAUCUGGAGGAUGGAAAGAUCAUGAAGCAGGUGUCUGUGGAAGCCCUCUGGCUGGAGAGUCUUAAGCCGGGCUGUGCUGUGGUCAGGGAUGGGGUGCUGGUGUGUGCUGACCCAGCCAGCCGCUCCCUGUACACCCUGAAGCUGGAGGAGGAGCACGAGCAGGAGAUGAGACAGGUGCUACUGCAGUCUCUAGAUGUGGAGUUGUCCGAUGGUUUCCAGCCUCACGUCUUGGCCACCCAACCCAGCCCGGCUCAGCACCCCAAUGCGGAGUUCUUCCUGCAGCUCGGCCCUGAUCACCACAUCCUGCUGCAGCUGGGGGAUGACGCCAUCGCCCCUCUGCGGGACUUCCAGCAGGCUCUUCUGGUAUCUUUUGCUACAACUGGAGAGAAAACGGUGGCGGUCGUCAUGUCGCCUAAAAAUGAAACGGCCUACAGCAUCAACCUGUUCUCAGCAGAUUCAGGGCGGAGACUGCUGGAGACGACCACCACCUUUAACCAUGACCCCAGUGGUGGGAAACCUGAGAGGCUCUGUGUUCAUGCGUUCCUGAAGAAAGAUGAUUCGGUUGGGUACAGGGUGUUGGUACAGACUGAGGACCAUGCUCUGAUCUUCGUACAGCAGCCAGGGAGGGUCCUGUGGAUCCGGGAAGAGGCUCUGGCUGAGGUGGUUACCAUGGAGAUGGUGGAUCUGCCUCUCACCGGGACACAGGCUGAACUGGAGGGAGAGUUUGGGAAGAAAGCAGCCAUUCAAGAUGGCUUGCUGGGGAUGGUGCUGAAGCGUCUCUCCUCCCAGCUCAUCGUGCUGCAGUCCUGGAUGGCGCACCUGUGGAAGAUGUUCUGUGAUGCCCGCCAGCCGCGCAGCCUGGUGAAGAACGAGGUCACCAUCGAGACUCUGGCCCGGGACGAGUUUAACCUGCAGAAGAUGAUGGUCAUGGUGACGGCCUCGGGGAAGCUCUUUGGUAUUGAGAGCAGCUUUGGCACUAUCCUCUGGAAACACUUCCUGCAGAAGGUGCAGCCUGGCUCCUCCUUCAAGCUGGUGGUGCAGAGAACGACCGCCCACUUCCCUCACCCCCCUCAGUGCACCCUGAUUAUCAAGGACAAGGACACCGGCUUGAUCACUCUCCAUGUCUUCAACCCUAUUUUUGGGAAGAGGAGCCACAUCACCCCACCCAGCCUGGGCCGGCCCAUCCUGCAGUCCCUGUUGCUGCCCCUCAUGGACCAGGACUACGCCAAGGUGCUGCUGCUCAUCGACAACGAGUACAAGGUCACGGCGUUCCCGUCCACCAAGCGCGUCUUGCAGCAGCUCCAGGAGAUGGCCUCCUCGGUCUUCUUCUACCUGGUGGACUCAGACCAGGGGAAGCUGUCUGGCUUCCGGCUCUGCCGGGACCUGACGACAGAGCUGAUCUGGGAGGUGGUCAUUCCCACAGAGGUGCAGAGGAUCGUAGCGGUGAAAGGGAAGAGAGCCAAUGAGCACGUCCAUUCCCAGGGGCGUGUGAUGGGGGACCGCAGCGUGCUCUAUAAGUACCUGAACCCAAACCUGCUGGCGGUGGUGACGGAGAGCAGUGACUUGCACCCAGAGCGCAGCUUCGUGGGGAUGUACCUGAUCGACGGGGUGACCGGGCGCAUCAUCCACGAGGCGGUGCAGAGGAAGGCACGCGGGCCCGUCUACUUCGUCCACUCUGAGAACUGGGUCGUGUAUCAGUACUGGAACACCAAGUCCCGCCGGAACGAGUUCUCUGUGCUGGAGCUGUAUGAGGGGACGGAGCAGUACAACAGCACGGCCUUCAGCUCUCUGGACCGGCCCCUGACCCCUCAGGUCCUGCAGCAGUCUUACAUCUUCCCCUCCACCAUCAGCCAGCUGGAGGCAACCAUCACGGAGAAGGGCAUCACCAGCAGGCACCUGCUGGUGGGAUUGCCGUCCGGGGCCAUACUCUCCUUGCCCAAGAUGUUUCUGGAUCCCAGGCGGCCAGAGGUGCCUUCAGAGCAGAGCCGGGAGGAGAAUCUGAUUCCGUAUGCCCCAGAAAUACCAAUUCGUUCCGAGUGGUUCAUUAACUACAACCAGACUGUUUCCCGAGCAAAGGGGAUCUACACUGCCCCCUCUGGUCUGGAGUCCACAUGUCUUGUGGUGGCGUACGGCCUGGAUAUCUAUCAGACGCGGGUGUACCCCUCCAAGCAGUUCGACGUGCUGAACGACGACUAUGACUACAUGCUGAUCAGCAGUGUCCUCUUCGGACUGGUCUUUGCCACCAUGAUCAGCAAGAGGCUGGCUCAGGUCAAGCUGCUGAACCGUGCCUGGCGGUAAGAGAGAGCUGGAGCCAGACCUCCACCCAGCGGAGCACCACCCUCCCAUUACUUUACACUGGCCGCUUCCCAGGGCUACUGAUGGUCCAGAUCGUUUUCCAUUUCAGCUGGUCCAACCUGCUUUUAAAAACCCCUCCUAUAGAAGGUCCUCCUCUAAUCGCUGUAAAUAUGUGUUUCAAUGUCAAGAUACAAAUAUAGAUACAAAGACCACCCAUAAGCAUCAGUUACCCUUUUUUACAGUUGAUAUAAUCAGGGUUAUUUUGAAUCUGCAUGGAUUUCCAAUGAACAAUACAAAGUUAUUGUGAGGUUCCUAAAUAUGUCCUAUAUAGAUUUAGUGUGUGUUUUGAUUUAGGUUUGAAAGAAAUGCAGAGAGAGGUUUUAUUUAGGACCCAGCUGAAACAAAACAAAAAAAACUGGACCGUUGGUUUUCCCUGGGGGCCAGCCACUAAUUUAAGAGAAGAAACUGAAGCUGCUCAGCCUGUACCUGAGGACCCAGCAGCCCGCUCAUCAACUAGGAAUGAGCAGCAGUGGAAUCACACUUGCACGCCACAGAAAAAAAAAUUCUUAAUCAUCACACAGGUUAUGGCACCCAGCAAUGUGAUUUGGAUGGAUCUCAACAUUUUUUUUU